AUGGUUCCAUCUGUAUCUACUGGGAAGGCAGGUCAUAACGCUAUGGCACCCGCAUUCCAGCGUGAGCGCCGCAUCGCAGAACUCGCUGUUCAGCGUGCCAUCAUCGCCACUGAGCGAGUGCGCAACACCAUGACAGACAAGGGGAUGUCAUCAAAAGCAGAUCACAGUCCGGUAUCCAUCGGCGACUUCGCCGGCCAAGCGCUGCUGAUCUCAGCUCUUCAUGGCGCAUUCCCCGAGGAUCGCAUCAUUGCUGAGGAGACUGCUGAUGCGCUGCGCUCCGACGAGGCCUUGAAGCAAAAGGUCUGGGAUGUCGUCUCGUCAACAAGGCUUGAAGACAAGAAUGUCGAGGGGCGCUUACGGUCGCCGACUUCGCCGGAAGAUAUGCUGGCUCUCAUUGACCUUGGCAGUGUGAACGGCGAUAGCAGUAGAGGCCGCGUCUGGACCAUUGAUCCCAUUGACGGUACCAAGACAUACCUUGAGGAUGGGCAAUACACAGUCGUUGCGGCACUUAUAGAAGAUGGUGUUCAGCUAGUUGGCGUUGUUGGUUGUCCGCACCUUUCACUCGACUCAGCCUUUGGAUUAUCUGACUACGACCAUGUUGACCCUAAUACGCCGGGCUAUAUCGUUUCUGCAGUCCGUGGCUACGGUAGCCAGCUCCGUGUUAUCACCAAAGGUGAUCUGUCCGAGUCUGUCACACCUAUUUCUCGCUUGUCUCAAGAGCCCACCCUAUCGAGAUUUCUCGUGGCAGAGAACAGCCGAUCUGUGCGGCCUAGCAUCCCGGAUCGCCACCGGAUAGCGGACGUCCUUGGGGUACCGUGGCAGCCUGUCCAAAUCUAUAGCACCCAGCUUCGCUACGUGGCAUGUGCACUGGGCAGGUGUGAUGGCAUGUGGAGGUUGCCGGCCGAUAAGAAUGAUCAUACCUACAUAUGGGAUCACAAUGGCGGGAUCCUAAUAUUCAAGCAAGUGGGCGGGAGAGUGCUUGACCUACAAGGGAGGAAGAUGGACCUGUCAGCGGGAAGAAGAUUAGACAAGAAUAUCUGUACUAUAGCAAUGCGAGAAGGCAUCCGUGAGAGAGUGGUGAAGGCUGUAAGGGUUGUUGCAAGACAACAUGAGCAGUACGCAUUUCUCCCCAUGGACAACUAA